AUGGCUUCUUUCACCUCCUCUCCAGCACUCAUAACCGGUUUUUUCUUUCUCUUCUUAGCAUUCACUUCCAUAUUCGGGCAGUCGUCAGUUCCGGCUGUUUAUGUUUUCGGCGACUCCCUUGUGGAUGUUGGCAACAACAAUUACAUUGAGGGUUCUAUUCUUAAAGCGAAUUAUCCUUAUAAUGGCGUUGAUUAUCCUGGUCGCAAAUCAACCGGAAGGUUUUGCAAUGGCAAAAACACAGCAGAUCUUUUCGCGGAAAAAGUGGGAUUGAUGGCAUCCCCUCCACCAUAUUUGUCCAACACAAGUGAUCUUUACCUGAAAGGAGUUAGCUUUGCAUCUGGAGGAUCGGGACUCUUCAACACCACCGGGGAAGGUUUUCUUCGCAAGACACUUUCUUUAUCAGAGGAAGUGACACAAUACACUACGCUCCAAAGUCGAUUAGCGCAACAUCUAGGAGUUCAGAGUACACAGCAACAUUUAUCAAAAUCACUCUUCCUGGUGGUGACUGGAAGCAAUGACGUUUUCGCUUAUUUUCAAAACGAGAACAUAAGAAAGGUUAAAAGCCCUGAUCAAUAUAUCAAUGAAAUGAUUGCCAUCCUUCAAGAUCUCAUGAUGCAACUCCAAAGUUUGGGAGCUCGCAAGUUCGUGGUGCCUGGAUUAACAACUCUUGGAUGUACUCCAGCACGAAGAUUCGAGAGCAACAAUGAAGAAUGCAAUGCAGCGGUGAAUGCUAUGGCGACCAAGUACAAUCAAAAUCUUACCAAAAUGCUGGCUACAUUACAGUCCAAUUUCAAGGACAACAUCUAUUAUACUUAUAUUGACACUUACACUGUACUUUCUGGCAUCAUUCAGAACCCUGCAACUUAUGGUUUUAAGGAGGCAAAAGCCGCUUGCUGUGGAUUAGGUAAAUUAAACGCUGCUUUGCCUUGCACACCACUCUCCAUAUUCUGCCCCAACAGAACAGAUCAUGUAUUUUGGGACAGAGUGCACCCAACUCAAGCAACUGCAAGCAUUUUGGUUAAUACCCUUUACAGUGGUUCACCACCAGACGUGAGUCCCCUUAAUGUACAGCAGCUCAUUGCCCUCUAA